AUGGUGGUUAACCAGAAGAUAUCCGGAUUUGCAGCCGCCAUGAACGCCAAAAUCAUCGGUUCUGGUGAGAGGUCGAUGGUCUUGGCACAUGGGUUUGGAGGUGACCAGUCGGUUUGGGACAAGAUAAUACCGGUUGUGUCCCAAUCUUUUAAAGUUUUGGUAUUUGACUGGCUCUUCUCUGGAGCCAUCAAAGACCAAACUCUCUACGACCCUUCAAAGUAUAACUCCUUGGACGCCUUCUCUGAUGAUCUUAUUGCUCUUAUGGACGAGUUGAAGUUUGGUCCCGUUGUGUUCGUAGGCCAUUCCAUGUCGGGCAUGAUCGGUUGUGCUGCUUCUAUUAAAAGACCCGACUUGUUUACAAAUCUUGUUCUUAUCGCUGCUUCUCCCAGGUAUAUAAACAGUGAGGAUUACAAAGGAGGGUUUGAGUCAAAGGACAUUGACUCAAUCAUCACCAACAUUGGCUCUAACUACGAAGCUUGGGCUGUUGCUUUCGCCUCCGUAGUGGUUGACCCAAGAGACUCUCUCUCGAUCCAAAGGUUCGAGAAGUGCCUUAAGAAGAUGAAGUCCGAGACGGCUCUUGCCUUAGCUAAGAUAGUGUUUGGUAGCGACGAGAGAGAGAUGUUGGGUCGAGUAUCAGUGCCUUGCCACGUCAUACAGUCAGGAAACGACGCCGUCGUGCCUAUAUCCGUUGCUUACUUCAUUCAGGAGAAGAUCAAAGGGAAAUCAACGGUUGAGAUCAUCGAGGAUGCCAUUGGGCAUUUCCCACAAAUGACGUCACAUAUGGAGCUGCUUGGCGUCAUGAGGCGUCUCCUCGAGUUUUAA